AUGCGUUCCAAAGCCAAUAUCGCUAAGCAAAAGGUCGACAUGUCAGGGAAGCCGGCCGUGGAUGUCGUUGUCAAGGAAGUCAGAGACAUGCAGAGGUUUAGUCACAUCCACUGGCGAGCACCAACGAUUAUGGGCGCAAGCUACCUCUGCGGGUUCAUUGUGAUCGGAGUGCACCACGGCUUCUAUCUCCUUAUGAACGGAGAGCCUGCCAGCAGUGCUUUGCUCCAGUCCUGGGUCAAUCGUGCUGGCACGGCAUUAGCAUUCCUCGCCAGACUCUGUCUGGCUAUAGGGACAAGCGUUGCGUAUGAUCAGUGGAUGUGGGUUGAUCUGCAUGCGAAACCGCAUGACAUGAGGUCCCUGGAUGCGAUGUUCUCAGUCCUUGGAAACUCGUUUGAGUUCUUGCACUUUCGGAUCUGGUCACGCAAGCCAGCACUUGCAUUCAUUGCUGCCGUUACUUGGCUACUGCCAAUAUCUGCUGUGUUUACUCCCGGAACGUUGUCUGUUCAAGCCGUGUUGCAAUCCAAUAACGAGAGUCUUCGAAUCGGCGAACGAGCAUAUACCACUAACUCGGACCUCUACUGUGGUUAUGGGACAGAUCCGGACGGCAACACCACCUCAUACGUCGAGUUGGCAACCGGUCUCUUCGUCCCCACGAUGGGUACAGUGCUCAACAAUGGGGUUCUGCCUGUCCAACCUUCAACAACUAACCUCACAUACCACCUUCAAUUCUAUGCGCCCGCUGUCACGUGCAACCAGUCCAGUGAUGAAGAUUUUCAAUUGGCGAAGGGCGCGAUCCUUGAGUAUGAAAACAGCACGAGUACCAAAGUCUUUUACAUGGGCUGGGUUCCGCAGCCUGGCUGGGGGCCCGUGGUGAACGGCUCCUUCUUUGCUUCGGAUGAUGUACAGCUGGGCAACACCCGCUUAGACCUCGUGUCUCAAGAUGCCGCUCGAGUAUUUAUAUACCUCAACACGACAGGAUACGAUUCUUCGGGCAACCCGACACCAUUCAGUGGCACGUCUUCUGCUCAGAUGAUCACGUGUGCGCUCUACAACGCCUCUUACGAUGCCUCUUUCGAGGUAAACAGCACAGGAACGCAGCAGGUAACGGCAUCUACGAAGUUUCAAAACUGGAUGCCCGCCCUCGAAACGGUGCCUGGAGUUGCUCAAACCUCUCUUGUCAGCCGCCAAAUGAACAUGCAAGCAGUCAUGGACGUCUUUGGCAUGAUGCUGGUUGGCCCCAUCACGUUUGGACUCGAUGGAUCAAGAAGCAUCACUUCUGUGUAUGCAUUGCAACUCAAUCAACAGAUGUAUCCGGCUCAAGUCGGCGAGGACCAGACAACUCUUACUCAGCGCCAGCUGCUGCGCAACGAAGCGAUGUUUCAAAACAUUACUCUUAGCAUGCUCUUUGGACUUGUGAAUGGACAGCCUGGCGAGGACUCACUUACCACGCCAGCUGUUAGUCAAUAUUUCGAAUCACAAUUUGUGUAUGAACCUCGCACGCUGCUUAUUGCCUAUGGGGUCAGCGUGCUUUUCGCACUUGUUUGCAUUUUGAUGGGAGUUCAUGCACUACUCCACAAUGGCGCUUCUUAUACGAACUCCUUUUCAACGAUUGUGAGGGUGACCAGAGACCCAGCCCUGUCAAGGUUGAUUGCAGAUGAAGGAGAUCUGCAGGGUGCUGAACCUGUGCCUAAACACGUCCGAAGGGUGGUGCUUCGGCUUGGACGGAGCGCGAAAGUCUUACCCAGCAAUUCUCCAGCCUGGAUAUAG